GCUCCCUCCCCUCCGACCCGAAUGCCCCCCUUUUUGCUUUUGCCAGAUCAUGAUUGUAUAAAUUGCCAAAGCGCGUUGCCAAAAAAGUUUAGAACUUUUCCGUCUGCGGCCGGGCGCGCAACUCCAGUUUAAUUAUUGCUCUCGAAUCGUGUGUAUUUGAGUGGAGUUUGGACCAUGGUCAACGCUUUGUGGGCCACGUUAAUAUCGCUCAUUUUAGCCCAUCGUGUUUUCGCCAACGAUCUAUUUUUCCUGCCACCCACCACCAUCCAGAAAGAGGAACUGCUUGAGGACUAUGGCAAAUUCCUGCUGUCCACCAUGAACAGGAGCGUCGAUCCCUGCGAGAACUUCUACGAAUUCAGCUGUGGCGGUUGGAAAAAGGCGGAACUGGUACCGGAACAGGCCAGGAAUACCAGUUUUCUCCACGCCAUCCAGCACAAGAUCGACGAGCAGGUCCUGGGAUUCCUGCAAAAUGCCACCAAAAGGGAGCUGGAUGACUUGGGUGUCAAUGGCACAAGGUCGGCGGAGGUGAAAGCCAAACAAUUCUACGCCAGUUGUGUGGAAAUGAAGGCCAACUUGUCAUUGGGCUAUCAGUAUUUUCUGGAUCUCGAUGAGGAUCGUUUGAGGAAGAGCAACGCGACUUACGAUUGGAUGUACAUAAACUUCAUGUCCAAAUACGAUAUAUAUCCCCUGCUGCCUCUAAAAGUGCAUUAUAGUACCUCCUCCAGGAAGUUUGAUCUACUGCUAACGCUUCCCAGUAAAGUUCUGGCCGGUAUAAGUGAAGAGCAGCUGAAAAACAUGACAAGAGAGUUUGGUUUGGAUACCAGUGCAGACAAGGUUAAACAAUUUGUGGAGAACUUUAACAACCUCACACAAUUCGAAAGGAAUUUGAUUUCAGUAAUCAAAUCGCGAAAUGAAACGGAGCAGUUAAAUUACAAGGACUUCCUGGCAAAACACAAACACGAUCGCUUGAACUGGACUCGCUUCUUUGAGCUGGCCUUCAAUGGCAGUCAGGAAGGCCACUGGCCAGUGCUCAAUCAACUGGAUAAUGUCAACGACUUGGUUUUCUUUCUGGAGCAAGCCAAUCUGGAAACGCUUAAAGGUUAUAUUAAAAUGCGAGAACUGCUCAAGUUUUAUGGCUUGUGGAAAACUCAAACGAAAAUAGGCGGAGUUCAAAAUGAAUGCCGCUCUUUGUCGGAAACGUACUACAAUUUCGCUCUGCUGCCCUGGUUCAUUGGUAAGGUGUUCGAUAAGGAGAGACGUGCUGAUAUCCUGGGUGUGGCCAAGGACAUCAAGGACACGUUUUACGAUCUCUUGGACCACCAUACCUGGUUGGAUGAUGAAACCCGAUCGCAGGCCAAAACCAAGCUGGCUUCAAUGGAUAUUUUAGUGGGUUAUACGGAUGAUCUGCAGCAUCGCGAGGUGAUUGAUGGGGUGUACACUGAUAUCAACAUGACAGGGAACUGGUUUGAGAACCUGUGCAUCAUGGAAGGCAGUCGAGCCCGGAUACGUCUGCGAUCGGUGGAUAAGGCAUUGAUUCCCCUUCUCAUGCCCACGAGAUCAGUGAAUGCAUAUUAUGCAGAUUUCCUAAAUCUAGCCUUCAUCACCAUUGGAAUGGCCCAGUGGCCCUUUUACCAUUUGGACUUCCCGGAUGUGCUGAAAUACGCCGGAGUGGGUAAUAUUAUUGGUCAUGAGAUGGCCCACGGCUUCGACUCCUACUGCUAUCAGUACAACUAUGAUGGCAAGAAGACCAACUGGUGGUCCACAGCUUCUCUGAGGAACUUCAAAGAGCGCUAUCGCUGUCUGGAAUCGCAGUAUAAUAAGUUCAUUCUGAUGGGCAUCCAAACGAAUGGCACUCUCACCUCUGGCGAUAAUAUUGCCGAUAAUGUUGGCACCCGAAUGGCUUACUAUGCGUUCAAGCGGAAAACUGGCGACAAGGCUUGGUCGGAAAAACCACUGCGGGGAGUGAACUUCAACAACAAACAGCUGUUCUUCGUGAAGUUCGCCCAAACCUGGUGCAAUGGGAAGGAUAAUGGCGAGAAGAUCAGGAGACUGAGGACCGAUGUCCACGCCUACGACGAGUUUCGGGUUCAGGGCACCCUGAGCAAUAUGCCCGAGUUUAGCGAGGCUUUCAACUGCAAACUGGGCACGGAAAUGAAUCCGCUCAAGAAGUGCGUGGUAUGGUGA